AUGGACCGUGUUUCUGGUCUCCCUGAGCCGCCUCGAUCAGAACCUCUCCUGCCUCCCUCGUCCCAGGAAAUUCCAUCCUCCCCGCCUUCUGUUAUUUCCGAAGCUGGCGGUGGACGACGACCUAGAAAACCCCCAACAGUCACGCCUCGGUCCUUCAGACGUUUUUUCACUCCCCGUUCCCUGCUCAACAGCGGUAAUGCGAGCGGUGUCAAGACUAGUCGCCAGGCUUUGAGGGCUCUGACUUCGCCAGCUCAGCCCUCAUCAUGGCUUACCAGAGGAUAUUCCUCGGACUCCGAGCAGGAAAAGAAAGCAUUCGUUCUCUUCGGUGGUCUCCCCACUACAAUCAUCGCCUUUGAAAAAGUUCGUGUGCGAUCACCGGUGGGCGACGAUGUGGAGCAAAGGAUUACCAUUCGCGAUAUCGACUUGACCUCCACCCGAGGACGCUUUCGGGAACCCACGCCACCAAGCCCACCUAAGCGCCGACCUGUCUCUCCUAUCAGCCGCUCUCGGGCUUUGCAAACGUCUGGUUCAUUGUUUAUGCGCACUGUACAAGGCUCGCGUGCCGGCCGAAUGACUCUCCGAUCUACUGCUGGAGCGGGCUGGCAAGAUCUUACAUCCAACUUCCAUUCGCGACCGGAAGACCGCCACUCAUGUACCAGCUAUGCUACGGAUGGGCAGAUGGCACUCCCGUUCUGCAAUGCCUCUUGCAACAGAGGAGGAGGAAUCCGCCUGUUGGACUCCUCCAAAGAAGAUGAACGCGGUUUCUCUAGUGCAUAUCUCGGCUUUCGUCCUCACAUGAACUCGAUCAUGGACCUCGAGUUUUCGUCCGACGAUAUGCUGCUGGCUACAGCUUCCGGAGAUCAAACAUCAAUGAUCAUUGACAUGACUACACAACGGCCAGUCCACUGCUUGUCCAACCACAACUCGUCAGUCAAGCGCGUUCAGUUCCAGCCACGCUCCAACAAUAAUGUACUCGCAACUUGCAGUCGGGAUGGUAAUGUCAACAUUUGGGACCUUCGUUGCAAAGGGUUCGAGCGUCCGGCACUGCAAGUCAGAUGCUCGCUGGAAUCUGAGGACGAAACCAACCCUGCGCCUCCAAAGAUGACCUAUCCUCACGUUCUCAACACCAUUCACGGUGCUCAUGCAUUCAGCACACCGCAAAAAGCAAUGAUGGACAAGGCCGAGGCUCCUCCAUUCGGUCGUUCCGAUAUUACUGUCACCUCCCUCGCCUUUCUUCCUCCUGGCCAAGAGAACCUUUUCGUAACAGCCUCAGAGGCCAGCGCCAGUGUUCGCCUCUGGGAUUUGCGCACGGCGCACAAUAACCGUCGUGGCCGACCUGUUCUCCCACUUUCUACCACCAGGGAGCCCGACAGCCACAUCAAAUAUCGCCGGUUUGGUCUUACUUCUAUGGCUUUUGGUGGUGACGGCGCACGAUUGUACACUCUCUGUCGAGAUGGUACCGUAUACGCGUACUCAACCGCGCAUCUAGUGCUCGGGCACGCACCUGAACUUUCCCAGAACCACGACCGUCCCCGACGCUCUGGUGGUUCCGACAAGGAGGGUCUAGCCCCCCUGUACGGUUUCCGUCACCCACGACUUCAGGUCUCCUCCUUCUACGUCAAACUAGCACUGCGCAAAGCAGUCAACGACCGCGCCGAGAUGCUGGCAGUCGGCAGCAGCGACCAUUGUCCUAUACUCUUCCCAACCGAUGAACGAUUCUUACAGCCUCCUGUUAAGACGAUGCCCGAUGAUCUCCCCGUGACUCGAACCUCCCUCUUCACCACUCGGUCUGGACUCCGCCGCACAAACUCCAGCGCUGGCCUAUCCGGCCGCCUGGAAGAUACCAUCCCCAUCCACCAAUCUGGCACGCCCCUCGUCGAAGGCCACCAAAAAGAAGUCACGGGCAUGUCCUGGACAGUUGACGGUGAAUUGAUUACAGUCAGCGACGAUUAUAGCGCUCGAUGCUGGCGUGAAGGUCCCGAAGCCCGCGAGCUCCGCAGUAACAACAAGAAGGAUGGCCGGGGCUGGCAGUGUGGAUGGGCUUCUACGAAAGACUCAUAUGAUGAUGAAGACGAAUAA